CGGCACUCUUCCUCUGCACCAUCGCCCCGUCGCCUCGUUGCCUCGCAAUAAUCACUACGCGUUUCUGCCAUUACGUGGCCGCGACUCGCGAUAGCACAGCUCAGAACAGCAAUCAAUGUUCUCGUGACCAUGCGGGCUCCGUGGCUCCUGCUCUUCGAGACAUGGGCUGCUGCAAAACUUAUCCGUAGCCCGACAUUCAAUCGCGCCGUGCAAAAGAUCUACCGGAAGAUCAACAAAUUGCCACCCAUCGAACCUGAGAACGGAUUAGGGCGAACCGGUCCCUCUGCUCUCGAUCUCUUCAAAGACGAGGUCAAAGAUCAGUUCAAGGAGCUUACCUGGCAGAAGCGGCCGAGAAAGUAGUUCCCUUCUUCUAUUGUGGAACUUACGCCUUCUCGUUAUACAAAAUCGAUUCCCCACAGGCGACAUUCUACGUCCGAUGGAUGAAGGUCACGGGAUGUCACUCCCAAGGCCAGUGAAGAUUGAUGUUUGUCUGCAGCAGUGACAUACCAGGAGGACCGCGGAUAAAACUAGAAUAUAAAUCCCUGGCGUUUAUAUGGACUCGAUAUAUAUCAAGCUCAUCGCACACGUGCUCACCUGGAGUCUGAUACGGUGAUGGAACAUCUCUACUCUAGGAAACGAUGGUGAGCUGAGGCCCAUAGCCACUUCCCAACCACUCAAUGUACUACUAUACUUUGGCACCCGCAAUACAGUCUGCACGACGUA